CACUAAGAUCUCACGGUGGAGGUGGAACCAGAGAGCGGCUGGAGAUGCUCUGAUUAGAGACCUGAGACCCCGAACCUCACUCAGUCUGGACAGACGCCUCCCGGCUGUGAUGACCCAGCAGAUGCAGAACCUGCAGUUGGCCCAGACCAGGAAGUGCCCCAGUGGGCCGGCCUCCCCCAGCGCCGCCAAGCGCCUCUACAGGAACCUGUCAGAGAAGCUGCGAGGAAGCACCUCCUCCUUCGAGGAUGCCUACUUCUUCGGGAAGACGGAUCGCCUCCGUAAGGCCUCUGUGACGUUUGAAGGCAGCGACUGCAUCUUCGAGGCGGUGGAGCAGCAGGACCUGGACACGGUGCAGAUUCUUCUCUAUCAAUUCUCGGCCGAGGAGCUGGACCUGAACUCCCCCAACAGCCAGGGCCUGACGCCGCUGGACAUCGCCAUCAUGACCAACAACACGCCCAUCGCCAAACUGCUGCUGAAGGCCGGCGGCAAGGAGAGUCCUCACUUCGUGAGCGUGGCGAGUCGGGAGGCCCACCUCAGCUCUCUGGUGCUGGAGGCGGAGCGCCGGGCCUCGGACCUGGCGGCUCAGGCCCAGAGGGACGGCCUGUCGCUGGAGGCCUGUCACAAGGACAAGCAGCUGAGGAUCUGGGAGUGGAGGAGCAAGCUGUACAAACGCAUGAGCACUGGCUUCCAGCACGCACGAGCGCCGGAGGCCCCGUCCAUGGUUCGUCUGAGCGUGAGCAGCAGCUCCACGCUGAGCGUCUCGUUUCAGGAGCCGCUCUGUCUCAACUCCACGGUGGUGACCAAAUACCGAGUGGAGUGGAGCUGUUUGAAGGACUUCUCCCUCCUCGCUGGAGAGACGCUGGUGGACAACCUGCAGAGUCUGAAGUGCACCAUCAGCGGUCUGACCACGGGUCGACUCUACUACGUUCGAGUGUCGGCCUUUAACAUGAAGGGCUGGGGUCCGCCCACCUCCUCACUCCCCCCAUCUGCAGCUCCUUCCAAUUGGAGGGAGAGUGACGGGCGGGAGCCGAAGAGACGAGGACACAUCGAGGCCAUGGAGCGUCUGCUGCAGCAGGUCCGAGCCACGCACACACACUACUGCUGCGGGGACGCGUCCAAGCUCCAGAACCCGAGCAGGAAGCAGUCGGUCUCCAGGAGCAUCAAACAUCUGUUCAACUCGUCCAACAAGUUCGUGAAGACUCUGAAGAGGGGGAUUUAUCUGGCGGCCAUCUUCUACCAUAAGGACAGUUUGUUGGUGACGGCCGAGGAUCAGAUCCCCAUCGUGGAGGUGGACGACUCCUACAGCAGCUCCCUCAUGCAGGACUUCCUCUGGUUCACCAAGCUGUCCUGUAUGUGGGAGGACGUGCGCUGGCUGAGACAGAGCAUGUCCGUCUCCAUGUCGUCCUCGUCCACGCUGCAGGCUCGACACAAGAUGCUGACCGCCGCCGCUCAGCUGCAGAACCUGCUGGGAACUCACAACCUGGGCCGCGUCCACUACGAGCCCAUCAAGGAUCGCCACGGGAACGUGCUGCUGGUGACGGUGCAGGAGGCGGGGGGGCAGCCGGCCGGCGGGAGGUGGCUGCAGGUGACGAAGCUGCAGAGCCAGAGGAAGUCUCUGUCCACGCCCGAGGAGCCCUACGCCCUGGACAUCCUCAUCAUCACCAUCCAGGACAUCUUGGCGUACCAGCGGCGUGGCACUCACCGCCUGGCGCCCGGCCUCUACCUCGGCUUCCUGAAGCUCAGCAGCUCCGUGGACCAGAUCCGGGUCCUGGUGUCCCAGCGAACUCCCAACAUGCUUUGCCACACCCGCGUCCGGGAGAACGCCAACGUGUCCAGGGACGAGUGGGACUGGAUCCAGAAGCUGUCAGCGGCCGGAGAGAGGGAGCCCGGCAGGACGGAGGGCGAGGAGAGCCACGCCCCCUUACUGUUCUACGAGCUGCAGACGGCGAUCAAGUCUCUGCUGAAGCUCAUCAACCAACCGCUGCACCAGGCCCGUCACUUCCGUGUCUACAGCCAGGAAGUGGUGGAGCUCGGUCACGGCGUCUCCUUCCUGCUGCUGCUGCCGGCGGCCGAUGACGUUUGCUCCGCCCCCGGGCAGUCCAACCCCUACACCCCCCUGUCAGGGUUCCUCCUCCUGCCCCUGCCCAUGUUCGAACUGGGUCAUUUCUGCACCUACAAAGAGAAGUUCAUCAGUCUGUACUGCCGUCUGUCCUCCGUCCUGGACCUGGACGCCCUCAUUACCCAGCAGGCACUGCGGGAGGCCAUCACCGACAGUGAGGUGACCACAGCCAAACAAAGACACCAGCUGAUCCUGGACUACAUCCAGCAGCUGGACGACAUGCGUCGGGACCUGCGUUGGAUCACGGACGCUCUGCAGUACGCUCGCUACAAGCAGCCUCGGGGGGGCGCGCCCAUCACCUGCCUGGUGGACGCCAACGCUCCGGAGAGUCUCUCCGACCAACAGAAGACCGACUCCACCUCCUCCACCAUGGACUACCUGCCCACGCCUUCGCCCUCGCCUGAACUCCACAGGAGGAAGGCCAUCAGCGACUCUCUGCUGGGCUCCGAUGAGGACGGCUCCUCGGAGGUGUUCCUGCCGACGGACAGCGACUACGACUCCAGCGACGCCCUGAGCCCCCGCGAGCUGGACCUGCUCUACUCCCCGUCCCGGGACCUGUCCCAGCAGGCCGUGCACUCGCUGGGCGGCAGCGCCCCCGACGUGCUGCAGAUCCACGAGCUCAGGUCAGUCGGGUCCAUGUACAGCGUCUGCCCGCCCAAAGACCCCCCCCACUCCCCAACGGUGAAGGAGCCCACAUCUGAAGACGCUCCUCUCUCCUCCCCCCUUCUCCCUCACUCUCCCUCUCUCUCCAAAGACUUCCCUCUCUGUAUAUCCACUUUACCUCGAUCGCCCUCCCUGUCCAGGACCCUCCCCACCUCUCCGUCCCUCCCCCUCUCCCCGUCUCUGUCCGACACCACCAGGACUCUGGACAGCCUCUCCCUGUCCAAGAGCCACCAGGAGGAGGUCACUCCCCUAAGGGCCCUCACCAACCCCCCCGCCAAGCGCAAACUGCUCUCCAGGAGUCACAGGGGCCAGUACUUCAGUGGGCCCCAGCGCUGGCUGAGGGGCCAGAGUGGGGAGAGUCUCACCGGCUCGUUAUCUGAGGGCGUCUACACCAAGCAGCUUGAAACCAGCCUUCCGCUGCUCGGGGACCCGCCCGACCCACAGGGCCCCCCCUACGUUAGCCACGCCUCCCACGUCCUUGAGAGUCGGAGGGGCCGCCAGCGGGAGCCACGCCCCCACGUCCGCAGGAUCUUCGUGGAGCCCUGCAACAAGCUGUCACCGGGCCACGAGGGGAGGGGCUGGGGCGGGGAGGGAGGCGCAGAGGAGGAGGCGGCUGCAGGUGCGUCGGUGGUGCAGGGGGCAGCGUCUUGGGGGGAGGGGGAGGGGCCAGAGGGAGCCACUGCGCAGGACGUAGAUUCAGACGACCAAACCAACGCCCAAGUGUCGGAGAUCCUGAGCAGCACGCUGUAG